UGAAAAAAAAAAGACAGUUUGCAACGAUGUAUACUUUUUUACUUCUAAAUAUGAAAAAAAGUCUUUAUAAAAAAUCUCAGAAAACAAGUCUUGACUUUAUAAUAAAUCCGUAGAACCGCAGAAUAAGCCACAUUAUUUUAGUUUUGAUAUUUUGGACAUCUUCAUAUUGAGAAUAUUUAACCUUUUUUAAGAGUUACGAGGCAUGUGAAAGAUUUCAUGAUAAAUUAACAAAUAAUUAAUAAAUUAAAUAUGUUAACGUUUUGAAGAGCAAUAUGACUAAGGUACACGACUAUGUUGACCGUUUUUUUCUGUUUGCUAUACGACCUAAUCUUAGCGAUGACGGCAUUGUACAGAUAUCAUAUCACCUGGCAAAUCGCAGUCAACACCUUCAAAGGGAAAUUAGUUUGCUGAUAGUGGUUACACUGCCGCAAACGCAAAAGUUCACAUUGUUCCAGAGUCGGUUUGAUGGAGUAGCGCGGUAAAUGUGCCUAUCGUUUCGGAAUCGAACGUGAUCAGUUUCAUUCGGACGCCCAAGCAUUCGAAUGGGUCGAAUUCAGCAACAAACCGAAAUGCGAAUCUCGUCCCGAGGGCUCCUGGCCCUGAGUGUAGCAUCUCUAAUCUGUUGUUUAUAUUUUAUCUGGAGCUGCAGCACCACGCGUUCUGACCGCCAGGAUCAACAGACGGUGAAGUCGAAUCCUACCUGGACUCAGUUCAGUAAAUUGUGGUCCUACGAAUACACAACCGCUACCCUCGACCCUAGACUACCGACGCCCCCGGGAGAUAUGGGAGUACCCCUGCCGAAAGAAUACGACGAUGAACGAAUCAGUGAACUAAUCAAGCAAGGAUACCACGAUCAAGGAUUCAAUCAGUACAAUUCCGAUAUGAUAUCCGUUCAUCGUCGGCUACCCGAUUUGCGCCACCGGUGGUGUGUAACACGACAGGAGCUCCUUGCCGAACUACCGUCCACCUCGGUUGUGAUUGUAUUUUACAACGAAGCCUGGUCGGUGCUGAUACGUACCAUCCACUCAGUCCUGGACCAUUCUCCACCACAGCUUCUUCGGGAGAUUAUUCUGGUCGAUGACUGUUCGUAUUUUGCUCACACCAAAACCCAACUCGACGAUUACAUUCGACCCUAUCGGAAAGUCCGUGUUCUUCGAUCGCCAGAGCGGAUCGGUUUGAUGCGUGCUCGGCUGCUUGGGGCACGGAAUGCUUCCGCGGUAACGGUCACACAUCUUGAUGCCCACGUUGAGGUCAACAUCGGCUGGUUGGAAGCACUGAUGGAUCGUAUCGCUCGCAACCCGAUGACGAUCGCCAUCCCGAUGAUGGACUGGAUCGAGCCGACUGUUUUCAGCAUCAAGUCAGAUAUUAGCCUUCAGCUGUAUGGAGGCUACGAUUGGGAUUUGGAUUUUGCCUGGAAAUCGCGGGGUGGCCGCCUCGUACAACCGGAAAACCCAUACGAACCGUUCGAAACUCCGGCUAUGGUUGGUGGGUUAUUUUCGAUCCGGAAGGAGCUCUUCGCCCGCCUUGGCUGGUACGAUGAGGGUUUCAGGGUGUACGGCAUCGAGAACAUAGAGCUGUCGAUGAAGAGUUGGAUGUGUGGUGCUCGAAUGGAGAUCGUUCCGUGUUCGCGAGUCGGACAUGUCGCCAAGGCCGGACAUCCAUAUCUACGCGAAGAGAAGAAGAAUACGGUUCGGGACAAUUCUUUACGCUUGGCCGAGGUUUGGAUGGAUGAGUACAAACAGAUUGUGUUUGAUAAUUUCGGUGUACCGGGUUAUGAUGCGAAUGAACUGGGAGAUGUUUCAGCUAGGAAGAAAUUGCGCAAAGAUUUGAACUGCACCACAUUUAAGCAUUACAUUCAGAAUGUGUAUCCCGAGAUUAAACUGCCGAUGGUUGCCGCAUUCCACGGGGAGCUCAAGAACAAAGCUCUGGGAAAUGAUACCUGCUUGGAGUUCAACAAAAAUAUAGGUCAACUUGGAAUGGCCCGGUGCGAUAAGCGAAACCAGACCCAAUACUGGACCCAUAACAGCUACUUCGAACUGAAUAGCUACGGUUCGUGUUUGGAUUACACCGGAUCUGUGCUGGGUGUCUACAAUUGUCACAAAAUGUUCGGGAAUCAAAAGUUUGAAUACCUGGUCGCAACAACACGGCAAAUCACCAGUUCCAUUCAUGCGCACUGUCUAGCGGUCGAUCGAAACAAUACCGGCAAGCUGACUAUGGAACCCUGCGACUCGAGUACGGACUUUCAGGUGUGGUUCGCUACGUUGACCGUGGUUGAUAUGAAACCUUUUAAAAGUAAAGCCAAGUCGCGGUAAACGGAUGAACCAUUCCGUUGCUUCUAGGUUUUGUAAUAAUAAAUUUAAAAACCGACUUGUCGGAAUCGUGGAAAAUGUGAUCUAAAUCCCAGCUGGAAAUUGUAUACUGAUUCCUUGCUGAUCGUUCCCUCAAGAUUAAAACAAGAUUACUGUCGCAUUUUGGAUCCAAUUCCGAUCCAAAUCCGAUUUAAUUCCAACUUGCAUCCGAAUGCAGCUUUAACGUUCCGGCCCCAAUUUUUGACGUUGGACUAACGUCUAUAUCGAAGUUAGGCACCUGAAUUUGAAAAUCUAGUAAUUCAACCAGGGAAAACCAGAGAAAAGUGGUCAGGUUUUGAGCGCUUAUAUAUCAGUCAUUUCUUUUCAGAAUUUCGAGGUUUUGGCAUCAACCGAUCAGAAAUUCUUUUACGGUUGAAUUUAUGUAACAAAAAUAACCUAUUGUUUGAGAUACACUAUUGAAAAAUUGAUAAAUCACAUCGAUUGUCUAAAUCAUACCGAGCAACCAAUCACCACCUCUCUUCACAAGCACAGUCGACACUAACGGAUACAACCGAUCUGACUUUGUUAACAGUCUCGCAGCU